AAAUGGAUCUAUCCAAUUCGAUUGUCCCAUGCUUGACCCCUCCUUGUGCUCUUGUCUCUAUUUAUUUUCCAGAAUCUUUGAGUUCCUCUCUGAGUGGGCUUGCUUCAAUUAUAGAUAGAUCGGUCUGAUUUGAGUUUCUGACUCGAUUCUUCCUGAUAUCGUUAAUGGCGUUUCGUUUCCGGGGAAGUGGUAGAUUUUGAAGAAAGGGUAAAUUUUUUAGUGUUCUAAAGCAAUUUCGAGAAGGGGAUCGGAGAAUACAUUACAAAAAUCUCUCAAGUUCGAUUUAUGGACUGGGUAGAGCAGUCUAUAAUCCCAGGUUUACCUGAUGAUUUAGCUUUGAGAUGCAUAGCGAAGCUUUCUCAUGGUUAUCAUGGAGUGCUCGAGUGUGUUUCCAGAGGCUGGAGAGAUUUACUUCGUAGCGUUGAUUACUCAUGCUAUAAAGCUAGAAAUGGAUGGUCAGGGAGCUGGUUGUUUGUGUUGACUGAACGUUCUAAGAACCAAUGGGUUGCUUAUGAUCCUGAAGCUGAUCGUUGGCAUCCUUUGCCUAGAACUAGAGCUGUUCAAGAUGGCUGGCAUCAUUCUGGUUUUGCCUGUGUUUGUGUUUCCAAUUGUCUUCUUGUGAUUGGGGGUUGUUAUGCUCCUUCUGUGUCGUCGUUUCCUCAUCAGAAGCCUGUUGUUACUAAAGAUGUCAUGAGGUUUGAUCCGUUUAAGAAAGAAUGGAAAAUGGUUGCUAGUAUGCGAACUCCACGGACUCACUUUGCUUGUACUGCUGUCUCUGGCAAGGUUUAUGUUGCUGGAGGUCGCAAUUUAACCCAUACCAGGGGUAUUCCAUCUGCUGAGGUUUAUGAUCCUGUGGCUGAUAGAUGGGAGGAAUUACCAGCAAUGCCUAGACCACAGAUGGACUGCUCGGGGUUAUCGUACAGAGGGUGCUUUCAUGUUCUGAGUGACCAGGUGGGAUUUGCAGAGCAAAAUUCAUCUGAAGUUUUAAAUCCAGUAGACAUGACUUGGUCCACUGUGGAGGAUGUCUGGCCUUUCUCUAGAGCCAUGCAGUUUGCUGUUCAGGUCAUGAAAAAUGAUCGUGUGUACACUAUUGUUGAUUGGGGAGAAAGCUUGAUUAAGACCAGGGAUACAGAUGAUGGGGAAUGGUAUGAUAUUGGUUCAGUUCCUUCUGUUGUUCUUCCUAAUCACCCGAGAGAGUUAGAGGCCUUUGGAUAUGGGUUUGCAGCUCUAAGGGAUGAACUCUAUGUUAUAGGAGGCAAGGUCCUUAAAUGGGAAGAAUCAGGGGCUGGGAGAUUUGACAUUGUCAGAUUGCCCGUUGUGAGGGUAUGUAACCCUUUGGAUAGGCCUCUGAAUUGGAGAGAAACAAAACCAAUGUGCCUUCCAGCUGGUGGGUCCAUCGUUGGUUGUGUAUCCUUGGAAGAAUCUUUUCCGCCUUAACCAAGCUGUCUAAUAUUCAUGGAAUGUCUGAGUGUGUUCCUUCUCUGCAAAAGACCUUAGUCCCAUUGUCAAAGUGGAAGCUUCUGCUGUUAUACUCAUUGCACAGACAACUGGACAUGGAGCUAACUGGAAACCGUGUGGGUGUAAACAGUUGUUUUUAAGGGAAGUGGUUACCGGAGAAGUCACCCUAUAAUGCAUUUAUCUUCCGGGUAAAACGCUUCCACUUUUAUGUCAAACGAGUUCAGUUUGUUGAUGUGAGAUGAUUACUGUCACUCAUAUAUGGAAUUAAACUUGUACAUAAUAAGAUUCAUGUUAUCUCAAUGUAUUUGAGUGUCAGUAAACUUUACUUUUGUUAUGUAUCCAUUUGACCUGCACUGAGGUGUAUCAUUUGUAUAGACCAAACACGUGAAAGAUAAAUUAAGAGUAAUACAAAUAGUUUUGUUUCUA